GUAAUUGAUUGUUGACUAGACUUUAGAGCUAUUAGGUCACUGUUAUCUUCUUCUAAACUAUCUCCCCAACAACCUCCAGACACAGAUCUCUCUCUCUCUCUCUUUCACUUCUGUUGAACACACAUAUCUAACGCGUUCAACACUAGAAGAACGCGUCGCGCUCUUUAUCUUCACAGUAAUCAGGACAACACCAGUCUGAGUUCACAAGUCGCUCCUUUUGGCAGUUUGUUCUAAGUUGCCCAUUCACCGUUGAGAGUAUUCACGGCCUUGGUAGAACCAUGGCCCUUUUACCUCCUAUUGACUUCAAUGACCCAAGAAUGAAGCGUAACGCUAGCAAUGUUGAUCUUCUCCCCCGGGAUAUAGCUACAGUCACCAGAAAAAGAGACACUAGCCCGCAUGACGAUACUCGACUCUCCCUUGCCAAGUACAGACUUGCAAAGGCACAGGCGCUUGACCAGCCCUUCGAGUACAAUGAAACUCCGGAAUCGAAGAAGCAUCGUCCGCCCCCAUUGAAAAUCAUGGGCCCGCCUAGCACACCGCCGCUGGAAAACGAAGGAAAUACGCCCGCGCUUUCGGGAGACGCUAUUGCGUGUAUCCUUGAGAAAACCAAGCCGGAUUGUCCCAAGGCACAGGCCUGGAUCAAGGCGCACGAGGUGUCUAAAAAGGUGACUGAAAAGGCAAAGACCCUUGGACAUAUCCCUCGUGAUAUGCACAAUGACUGCUCUCGAGUUGAGACUCCCUCCCAGCCAGACGGGAAAGGAGAUGAACAUGCGUCGGACUUUGAGAAAGUUGUGAAGGCCCACGAGAGGCUUCAGAGAGUCAUGUUUGGAUAA